ACGACGAUGAGCGUGGACAGCUGACGGAACAAAACAACCUCCUUGCAUCAAGUGCUCUCGCUGGAGCCCUCGUUGCCGCGCUCAAAUCCUUCACCCAGCUCCGCCAUGUUGAGCUCCAGUAUCCGCCUUUUGGGAUGCGCAGGCUAUGCAACAGCCGUAGCCUCUGCGUCUUGGCAGAUGUGAUUCAGAACAUCUAUAGCAACACGUGCCCUCGAUUGGUCUCGCUCAGCAUUGCAGGCCUUUUACUGGCUGAUAUACCUCAAAAUCUUCUCCAAGAUACGGGCGAUGGCAUGGGAGCUGCCCUCACCACUGUUGAGCGACUCGAUCUAGACUUUCAUCCUGGCGACAUGCCCAGCGGCGAGAUGACGCGCAUCAAGCCCGAUGGGUUACGCCGAAUGCUCAGUCUGGUGACAAAUCUUACUUGUCUUCGCAUCAAGUUCCAUUUAUUGGACAGGAGCAUGAGAUUGUUUGACUGGUCAGCGCUGCAAUGUACAAAAUUGCAUACACUAGAGUUGGUUCAGCUAGAGAUGUCAGAAGCGUCUCUAACGAACAUCAUGACUCAAAUUGCCCAUUCGAUCCGAAAACUCAUCCUUGAAGGUGUAUACCUCUUUGACGGCACGUGGGCAGCGAUUUACGACAGGAUUGCCAAUACCGAGGGCAUCAAUGACAUAUCCGAGAUUCAAGGCAGGAGAUAUUCGGAUGGCCAUGGCUCUCACACAGAGCUUGACGCUGCCAGUUAUCGUCGGCUGUUCACGACGGUGGAAAAACGGCGAGAGAGCCAAGGUUUACCGUCAACGAGAUGGCCAGUCUCGCCAUUGGGCUCCAUUUCGCGGUAACAAGAACGCAGGCGACCAUUUCAUAGAUGCUAGAAAGCAACAUUAUUCUU